UUACUUCACCUAUGGUGAUAGCAACAAGUAGAGGCUGCAGUUCUAUUUAAUUUAACAUUUAUUUCACACUUUUAUAUAUUUUCACAACCUCUGCCAUCAUUUAAAAUCCUUAGCGCAGAUUCACACACACCUACACAAUGCUAUGUGUGACAUGGAUGAGGCUUCACUACCAAUCAUUCUACAUCAGUGAAGAAAGUAUCUGAAAGAGGAUGUUACAGGAACUUCCCUAAUAAGUGAUAUCAAACCCAUCUGCAUAUAUAAAUGCGGCUCAACAGCAGAAGGAAGAACAUUCAUAGACGGAUUCAGAGAGGAACAUCAGGACUAGGAAAGUUCAAAUUUUUUUGGCCUCAAAUCUAUCCGGGGAAUAUGAAGAAUUUUAGAAUAGUCUAUCUAUUCUCUAAUGCUACUCUUAAAGAAGAGACCACAAUCCCCUGGGCUUACUAUAAAUCUACCCCAUAUGUCUCUUCAGAAGAAGAAGAAAGACAGGAACGUAUAGAAUUCUCUCUUCGUGUGUUCUCACUGGUGAUCUUUUCUUUGGCUUUCCUACUAGGGACCACUGGGAAUGGUCUGGUUAUCUAUUUUACAGCCUUUGUAAUGAAACGGACUGUCAAUGUUGUGUGGUUCCUUAAUUUAGCCAUAGCUGAUUUUAUCUUAACAUUUUUCCUGCCGUUGAACAUUACCUAUGAAUCUCUUAACUAUCACUGGCCUUUUGGAAAAUUCAUGUGCAAGCUGAAUAGCACUAUUCUAUUCAUGAAUCUGUACGCCAGCAUCUUCCUGCUCACUGUGAUCAGCAUUGAUCGAUUCAUCUCCGUCGUGUUUCCAGUUUGGUGUCAGAAUCACCGAACUCCGAAGUUGGCCUCUUUUGUAGCCGUGGCAGUAUGGAUCUUAGCAUUCAUUUUCAGUUUACCUUAUUUUAUAUUCCGAGAUAUAAACAAUGCUGCAAAAGAUCAUGUUACGUGCUAUAAUUACUUUCACAAGAAUGAAACAGUUGCCUAUGCAAGGCACAAGGCUACAGUAAUCGUUCGAUUUAUCGUCAGCUUUUUUAUUCCUUUCACCAUAAUCAUCUCAUGCUAUUCAGUAAUUCUUUUGCGUAUCCAAAUAAAUCACAUGACCACAUCAAACAAGCCUUUCAAAGUUGCCCUAGCUGUUAUCUUGUCAUUCUUUGUCUGCUGGUUUCCCUACCACUUCUUCUCCUUUUUGGAGUUGUCUGCAAAUUAUGGUGAAAAUGACCACCUUUACUACAUAACUUUUGUUGGAAUACCUAUUGCCACUAGUUUGGUUUUUAUAAACAGUUGUAUCAACCCCAUUCUCUAUGUCUUUAUGGGUCGAGAUUUCAAACAGAAAUUCCAGAGCUCCCUCCGGUCAAUAUUUGAGAGAGCCUUUUCCGAGGAAUCUGCCCCUAUAGACUCCAAGAGCAAAACCAAAUUAACGACAGUUCCCCAGCUGGUGUGAGACGGGACUACAUUUAUGGAACAAUACAUACUAUGGUGACUCGGCUUUAAGGUGUUUUUUAGGAUAUGUCCGUGCUAUAAUAUUGUUCCCAAGACUUUGUUGACUCCAGCAGAGAGCUUUAUAACGUUUGUCAAAUACUGAAUUUGCCAAUUGCUCAAGAAGAUCAUAUCCUGUCUCGUAAAUUUCAGAACUACCAUUUACUACCAUACCACCACAAUUAAAAUCAGGUAACAAACAACUGAUAUUACAAGGACCAAUACAUACUUUUAUGCAUGCCAAUUUCUAAGAGAAGAUGUUAGGAGCUGAAUCCAGGCAAUCAGAUAACAUAUAAGGGAGCAGACUUAGAGGUCUUGUCCCUACCCAACCUUGUGACUGGACAGUGAACAGAGCAGCAGUAAACUGAUGAGUCACUCUGCUCUCUCCACCUAUCACUGUGUUCCUUAUUAGCACAACUGAUCAGCUCCUUGUAUUGUAUCAUCAAUUUCCAGUCUGAGCUCUGCUAUAUAAUGGAUUGCAAGAUGCUGAUGCCAAAUCAGGAUUCAGGUUCUUGAGUUAAAAAUAAAGUAAUGAUGUAUUUAUAAAUACAGAACUGCAUUAGUUUGCGUCUUUUAUGUCUAGCCAUAUUUCAGCUUUAAAAUAAAUAAAGUUAUCACAAAUAUAUUUUAUAAACUAAGAUUCCUUUUUUCAGUUUGUAUUAAUGUAAUAAGAUGCUAUAAACUGCAUUUCAUAUCCACCUAACCUGUACAUAGAAAAAUCCAGAGGAUACCAUUGGUGACCUCGUUCUAAAAAGGCUAGUAAUCUGUUCUUUACAUGUCAUUGCCCUCUCCUCCUUUGGGAGAGCCUAAUUACUCUCUGUGUUGGUCCAGCUCCUCUGUCCCUCCCCUCUCCUCCCUACAUAACCUUUUAUGCUGCAGUCAGGAGAGGAGUGAAUUAGAAUGCUAUAGACUAUCAUUUAAAGCGGGGGUGCACCCAAAAAAAAAUUUUUUAACAUUACAUU